AUGCUUACGAAUUUGACAAGGUGUCUUGUUGGAGGAGUCCUGCGCGUCCUGCGCUACCAACGUAACCUACCUGUCGAUGAAUCGAGCGGAUUGAUAUCAUUUCCAAAUAAUUUCUGUAAUUUUGUUUCAUCAAAAGAAGAAAUUAUUAACAAUGUAUUUAAAGACAUUAUUUCUAACUACAAAAAUAAUGAAUGGUUGAGUGAGCGAGCAAUUUUAGCGGCUAAGAAUAAAGAUGUAGACGACCUGAACUAUAUAAUUCAAAAUAAGAUCAUUGAAACAAUGCAUUCAUUCAAAUCUAUUGACUGCGUCACAAAUGAAGAUGAAGCCACCAACUAUCCAAUUGAAUUUUUAAACUCCUUGGAUGUGCCUGGCUUACCACCGCAAAAUUUACGCCUAAAGGUUGGCUCCGUAGUAAUCAUGCUUCGAAACAUAAACCAACCAAAACUGUGA